AUGUCGACCACGGGCAAGGAGAUUGUGACGGCGGCAGCGGGAGCACCGAUGCCGAUGGUGGGGGGAUCACAAUUCCCCCGUCUGGAUCGAGAGGACUACGCACUAUGGGCGAUGAACAUGGAGGUCGCGAUGGAGGGAGCUGAGUUCUGGGAAGCCGUCGACCCGGGCGGCGCCGAGUACGCAAAGGGCGCGGCGAAGUACCGGAAGGAUCGUCAGGCGUUAACAGCUAUCUACUCCGCCAUGCCGAAGGAUGUGCUGCAACACCUCGUCGGAAAGAACUCGGCGAAGGAGGCAUGGGAGACCAUCAAGAUCCUACACCAGGGUCAUGACCGUGUCAAGGAAGCACACCUUCAGUCCCUGAUGAGAAGCUACGAGUGCCUGAAGAUGGAUGAAAGUGAGACGGUUGAUCAGUUUGCCGCCCGUCUCAAGACCCUCGUCAAUGGCAUACGCAGCUAUGGUUCAACCCUAGAAGAAGUUGCGAUCGUCCGACGAUUUUUGCGCGCCGCGCCGGCACGCUACAUUCAGAUUGUCACGUCGAUCGAGCAAUGUCUCGACCUGAAGACUCUCACGGUUGAGGAUCUCGUCGGAAGGUUCAAGGCCCACGACGAGAGAAUUCGUCUCAGUUUCGGCGACACGAAGGCGAGCGAGCACCUCAUGCUUACAAAGGCGCAAUGGAUCGCCCUAUCGAAAGAAAAGCAAGGCGGAUCUACGAGCAGCGGCAAGAAGAAGGGGAAGGGGAAGCAGCACUCGGCGAGAAAGAACUUCGCCGACUCGGACGACGAGGAUGCGCCUGCACCACCGAGGAGGAAGUUUGACAUCAGAAAAGUGAGGUGUCAUAAGUGUGGCCUCCUCGGUCACUUCAAGGCUAACUGCGAGGAAGCACCGAAGCAACGGGCGCUUAUGGCCGAGGAAGGAGACGAUGGGGAUAUGAUGCUAAUGUGCGAGCUAGUGGACGAAGAGGAUCCAGAUGAUCUUGGUCAGCUGGACACGGGUCCGGUGAGUGCAUCUGCGUCAGUAAACCCAGGCGAAGUUAUGGCGCCAGAAGACCAUGACCCAAGGCGUGACAGUGUGAUUACGCUAGUAAACCCGGGCGAAGUCGUGGCACCAGAAGACCAUGACAGAGAAGGCGUGACGGUGUGGUCACGUUAG